AUGGAUUCUGGCAAUAGUGGGAGUAUGCAAUCCUCUAGUGGAGGAGAUGAACAAGAUUUUGAUUCGAGGGCGGGAUCAGAAUCAAUCUCUUCUUUCUUCAACCCUUCUUCUCAUUUCCGAUCAACAAUCUCAGCCGCCGCCCCACAUCCGCCGCCGCCGCCGUAUCUUCCUCACCAUCAAAUUCAAAACCCCACUUUCUUCGAUCACUACAUGAACACUAACGAUAAUCACGAUCUGAUUUGGUCCAGGCCGGGUUUAAUAAGAUCUGAACAUCAUGACAACUACUACGCCCCCCACUUUGGCAACACGUCAUCAUCAUCGUCAUUACCCAUUCCGACAAGUACGGCGGCCGCCGAGGGCCAUGCGGGCCGGGCCCCACCGCAGGCGAGUGUUCCUAAAAACCCAAAGAAGCGCACGCGGGCUUCACGUCGAGCUCCCACCACCGUGCUGACGACUGACACCACCAACUUCAGGCAAAUGGUGCAGGAGUUCACUGGGAUUCCGGCAGCCCCAUUUUCGGGCGGCUCCCCUUAUCCUCGGAGGAUGGAUCUAUUCUCCGCCGCCUCCUCCUUGAGAUCCGGCGGCCAUCUAGGCCCACUUCUAAGGCCCUCAUCCUCCACCACUCCUCCUCCGCCGCCGUCGUUCUUGAAUUCCAGCAUGGUAGAUUCUACUAACGCUAACAACCCCAUGAGCACCACCACCAACGCCGCCGCCCCGCUUGGUGCUUCGACUUCAAACAAUCAAAACAUGAGUUUUGUACUAUCACGGCGGGAUCAUCUUUUAAACCUGCAGCCAUCAAUGGAUUUUGGUGGUGAGUUUCUGGGCAGAGAAAUUAUAACAUCUUCCGCUACGGGACAAGCGAUCAGGAAUAAUAAUAAUAAUAAUAAUAAUAAUAAUAAUAAUAAUGGAGAUGAGAAUGAUGAUUUGAUGAGAAGAUGGAGAAGAAGUAAUGAUGAAGAAAAAUUGAGAUAG